AGUCAUGCAUCGGUGGACAGCGGUUUCGCCAGCCGUGUCGGGCAGUGAUGUUCGCAAAGUGUGGUAUUGGGCACAUCACUCUACUGAGUAUUAUCUCCUCAAUCCUGUAGACUUCUUCAUCCUCUUCAAUUUAGAUGGAAAAGAUCCGAGCCAAUUUCAUGUCGAGAGCAUCUGGUAUAAUGGGCAGUCUUUUGACACAGCUGAGUAUUUAGCAGAUGCCUACACUGCGGGGACUAUCAAGAAAUCAUCCAUACAGUUUCCAAAAGAAAAUUCGAUGUCUUUCGCAACACUUCGUUUAAGAGGGAACCAGUUUCCAGAAAAGAACAUGCGUAGCCCAAGACAGGUGGAACCCGACGGCAAACGUUACCACCGGAUGGACAGACACGUUACUUAUAUGGAUUGGGAGUUUGAUUUCCGGAUGUCAACCACAACGGGACCUCAGUUAUUUGAUAUUAAACAUAUGGGACAUCGAAUUGUUUAUGAAUUGAGUCUGCAGGAAAUAGCUUCGUUCCAUUCUGGAUACAAACCUUGGAACAGAUAUUCUGAUAUGCUGUAUAGCAAUACUUUGUUAGGUUAUCAAGCCCGCGAUCUUGUCCCUGGCGCGGACUGUCCCGCCUCUGCUUCGUACGUCAGUACUACCCAUUGGACGGAGUACCAAAAUGACCCCGUCACAUAUGAACGUGCAUUUUGUCUCUUUGAGCAGAGCACUGGUGUACCAUUGAGACGUCACCAUGCCUACGACAGCAUGUCGGGGCGUUUCUAUGGCUCACUAGAGGAUAUAGUUCUGAUUCUGAGAGCCAUUAUUUCAGUAUAUAACCAGGAUUGUGUUGUGGAUUUCAUUUUUCAUCAAAAUGGUGCAUUGGAAGUUAAAACCUCGCUAACAGGUUACAUGAUGGCAAUGCUUUACUCUCCUCCUGAAGGAAGAUACGGGUUCCAACUUCGGGAUAGACUCAUUGGAACAGUUACUCAACAUGCAUUCAAUUUUAAAGUCGACUUGGAUAUUCAUGAAACAAAAAACCGAUACGAGACGUUGCAAUUUGAACCCCAUUUAAUAAACAACAAUGAUUGGUCAGUUGAAAAGAAUUCAAGAUACGAGCAAAUUAAAUUUACCAGAAAUUCAAAAAUGACUGAACUGCAGACUUUGUAUCGAGAAAAUACCAGCGUUCCGCUGUAUCACAUAUUCCACAACAAGGAUUAUAAAACAAUGUACAACGAUCCCAGGGCCUACCGCUUACAGAUCGACGGCGGACUAACACAUCUACUGUCACAGGGUAUAGGGAACGAGCCGUCGAUAUCGUGGGCGCGGCAUCAGAUGGCGGUGACGCGCCGGAAAGACGACGAAGGACAAAGUAGUUCCAUCUACGCAAUGUGGGAUAGAAAAGAACCCAUUGUUAAUUUUCAAAGUUUCCUGGACGACAACGAAAGCAUUGUGGAUACGGAUCUGGUUGCCUGGGUAACUCUUGGACUUCACCAUUUGCCACAAAUGGAGGACAUACCGCUUAUUUCAUCUAUAGGCAAGCGACCAUCUUUCUUUUUAACCCCAUUUAACUUUCACGACUCUGACCCAUCCAUGGCUUCCAGAGACGCAAUACGCAUGUCUUACGAUGAUACUUCCGGUUCUGACCAAACUGUUAGAGUUGAAAAUUAUGGACUGCCGAAAGAAUUUACAUGUGAUUCUGAAUAUCAAGGUGGAAAUGCCCAAACUUACUUCAAUACAUCCACGCUAUUUCAACAAACCUUAAUUUAACUGUAUAUCAAAAUAAAUUAAUAUAUUUUCCUA